AUGGACACCUCAAAGUCUGCCCGGGAGGCCAUCUCGCCAGAAACCCCCAGUGAUGGCAAUGUCACUUCAUCGCCUCCAAAGAGCCGAUUUUCAAAGAUUCGUCAAGACCCGUGGUACCAGAUCGGUCUGGUAUCCUUCAUCUCCUUCUGCAAUCCGGGCAUGUACAAUGCCCUGACCGGUAUGGGAGGCUCGGGCCAGGUUGACAGCACAGUCUCGGCCAACGCCAACGUCGCCACGCACGCAUGCACGGCUGCAACGGCACUCUUCAUCGUCGGUACCUUCUACAAAUAUCUAGGGCCUCGUCUCUCCCUUCUCAUUGGAGGCUGGACCUACGCUCUCUACGCAGGUGCAUUGCUGAACUCAGACCGAGUCACCGGCGGCGGUCCCUUCGUGAUUGCAGCCGGAGCGCUGCUUGGUCUAGGGGCAGCCUUCUUCUGGGUUGCGCAGGGUACUAUCAUGGUGACUUAUACGAAUGACCAAACGCGCGGACGAGCCAUUGGUGUUUUCUGGGUGAUUUUCAACUUAGGCGGGACUAUCGGCUCGCUGGCUAGUUUCGGUAUCAACUACCACUCCAGUUCUGGCACAGUAACGGAUUCAACAUAUAUCGCAUAUAUCGUGAUCAUGCUUUUCGGGUGGCUACUUUCGGUGUUUGUGUGCUCCACCGAGUCUUUGUCAGACAAGUACCACGGUGGUCGCAUAGCGCCAGAGUCCAAGGCCCUCAAUUGGACCAAUUUGAGAGUCACGGUUAUCCAGACACUAAAGAUUGUCUUUAAUUGGAAGAAUCUGUGUUUAUACCCGAUGUUUUACAAUGCGAAUGUCUUCUACUCAUAUCAACAAAACGAUGUGAAUGGCUUGACUUUCAACCUCCGCACUCGCUCCCUCAAUAGCGCCCUGUACUGGAUUGCCCAGAUGCUCGGUGGGCUCUUGAUGGGUUCUCUACUCGACCUUCACUACUUUAAUCGCCGCACACGAGCGAAGCUUGGCUGGGGAAUUCUGUUUGUCACUGGAAUGGUUAUUUGGGGCGGCGGAUAUCAGUUCCAGAUCUGGAACGAUCAACGUCUGAAGCAGGGCUUGAAACAGAAGAUUGAUUAUAAGGACGGGAGCAAGUUCCUAGGUGGGAUGUUUUUGUACUUUUUCUACGGGGCGUACGAUUCUUUCUGGCAGACAUUCUGCUACUGGGUUAUAGGGGCUCGGUCGAACAAUCCUGUUGUCACUGCCGUCAUUGUCGGGGCGUACUCGGCUUUGAAGCCGGCGGGCGGUGCUAUGGCCUGGAGAAUCAAUGCGGAAGGAAUCAGUCCAUUGACACAGUUUGCUAUGAACUGGGGUCUGAGCAUUGGGAGUCUGGUGGUGGUCAUUCCCACUAUAUUGACUAUUAAGAGGACGAAUCAUGCCUCGGACGAGCUAGUCGAUGAGGAGGUGAAAAAGGUCAUCCCCGAUGGGGUUUAA